AUGUGCAAAACCAACAACCUCGAGGUUAUGGUCAAACCAACAAAUAGACCAAAAGUCGAUCCUCUUAGAUACGGUAUAAGAGGGAUAAACCUGUUGGGAGAAGAAAAGUUUGAAAAGGCUUUGGAAUGCUUUGAGAAAGCUCUGGCUCUCAGAUCAGAUGAUCCCAACUUUCUACUCAACAAAUUGACUGCAUUGGUUUCAUUGUUGCGAUACGAGGAAGCUAUAUCUUUGGCACGGUUCAUUGUGGAAACCUAUCCUUUUGAGACGUGUACAUUCUCUGCCUAUAAUCAUCUCGGAACCAUCUAUUAUUGCAUACAACACUAUGAAGAAGCGUUAGAGUGUUGCAAGACUACAAUGACCUUUCCGGGCAAUGAAGCAAAGAGAAAUGCAGAUAAAUGUAAAAGGAGAAUACGUGAAAGUCAAGGUUUGUACGACUUUGUUACACUCAAAGACAUUCAAACGUUGCCUGGAGACAUUGAUUGCAGCGAGUAUAUUGGACCGAUCAAGAUUAGAGAUGAACCAUCUAAAACAGCGUCUGGAAGGAAUCAACAGCGACUAGGGUUAGAGUGUACAAAGGAUGUUGGUGCUGGUACACUGUUAUUCUCAGUAGUAACUUUGUUUACGCAUCCCCUUUCGACACCUGGCAUAACAGAAGCAUCAGUCACCAAACAAGAGAUGGAUAUUAUACAAGAAUCGAUGCAACACUAUUUUACAACAUGUGAUAUGCAUUGCAAACGUCAACUGCACGCACUCUACUCGACGAUGGGAGCUAUGCAGAGGAAUGUAGAGUUGGAUGAUUUUAGGUAUCAUAAAGUGGUGACUAGCAACAUCAAACCAUAUAAUCGCGAAAAGAGUAAUCCCGAUUUGUACAACCUACCAAUAUUGGAACGCGAACAAAUCGCACACAUUGCAAAGUAUGCAGGUCGUACCAUCCCAUGUCAAGGCUGGGGUAUUUGGUCGUUGGCAGCAAUGGCCAACCACUCUUGCAUACCCAAUGCAUGUUGUUUUCAAAUCAAAGGAUUUCUUUUUGUAUUUGCUUCGGGCAACCUCAAAGCAGGACAAGAGAUAUUCUUGGAGCGAGGAAACUACCGCUCCAUGUCAUACCCAAAACGAAUCGAAAGGUUGGGAUUCAAGUGUGAAUGUCCACUCUGUCUACUCGACGCGCAAGAAACAGAGAAAAGCUUCAAAACAAGAAUCGAUUGUAUAGAUACUUUUAAAUAUUAUUGUGGUCAACCACAACAAUCUCAUGAACGAUACAUUUCGAAAUUGGAAGAGUCUAUAAAGAGUAUCAAGAAAACCUAUUCAGAUCAAGAUCGAAUACUUCAAACCGAACUUGAAACAUCUCUUAGAACACUUGGAUUGGUUUAUGGAGACUAUAAUUUAUACAAAAAGGGUAUUAUAAUCUAUCUACAAUUAAUUACAACUUUUGGAUUCAGUGGUAAAUUAAGUUUUACCAAGACCAAGUUGCCACAAUAUCCACCAAUCCAUUUUAAAAUCCAAUUACAAGGUAACCUUUUAUUUGAACAUACAUACCUAUUUAUGGAACUAUCACGGCUGGCCAAAAUACUUGGUUAUCAAACACUAUUCCGACAAUCACUAGCCAUCUCUAGAUUGGCUGCUUUCAUUCACCAAGGUUUCAUUCCAAAAGAACAUGCCUUUUACGAGUUGGCAUUGGCAUGUUUUGAAAAGGCAUUGUUGUUAUCACCUGACCACGAAGGUUUGUUGUUUAACAAGUUGACUUCGUUGGGAUCGUUAUUCAGAUAUGAAGAGGUGUUGGAGUUGGGAGCUCAUUUGACUAUUGUGAAACAGUCGACAGAGAUCAAGGUCUACCAAACAUUGGCUAUUGCCUAUUACAAUAUCGAAGCGUAUGAAAAGUCGAUCGAGUGCAACCAAAUGGUACUGGGAUUCCAACCAAACAAUGCAGAAGCUAAAAUCAACAUUGGCCGAUGUGUCGAGAGAAUACCUGAACGUGACCAUGGCCGAUACAACUUUGACAAGAUCAAAGCAAACAUUAUAAAGACUGGACGGCUGGAUUGUAGCGAGUAUAUCGGUCCUAUCAAGAUUAGAGAUGAACCAUCUAAAACAGAGUCUGGUGUAAAUCAACAACGUAUCGGAUUAGAGGUGACCAAAGAUGUGGCAGCUGGAACUAUCUUGUUUGCAACGACUGCAUGUAGAAUACAAAAAGAGUUGCCAGUGUCGUGGGGAGAGCACGAGACUGAAUGGUGUUGGGGUCUUUGGUCGUUGGCAUCGCUUGCCAACCACUCGUGUCUCUACAAUACCGGUACAUUCCAUUUGGAAGAGAUACUCUUUGCGGUGGCAUCUAAAAACCUCAAAGCCGGUGAUGAAAUCUUUAUCUCGCGCGGAGACUAUACCAGUCUUGCCUAUCCAAAGAGAAUAGAAGAGUUGGGAUUCAAGUGUGAAUGUCCACUCUGUCUACUCGACGCACAAGAAUCUCCAAAUAGUUUUAGAGACCGAAAGAUACUGUUGGAUCUCUACCGAAAGAAUUAUCAGAUUCAAGUGGCAACAUCAAGCUCACGUGGUCAAUAUACAGCCAAAUUACAAGAUUUGGUAAAGAAGUUGAAAAACACCUAUUCCGACUCGGAUAGACACUUUCAAUUUGAAAUUGAAGCACCACUGUCAACACUUGCCUCAACAUUCAAUGGGGAAAAGGCAAUUGUACCUUGUCUACAAUUAAUUACAAUGAGUGGAUUUACUGGUAAAUUAAGUUUCACCAAAGAAAAGUUACCGCCACAAGAUCCACCCAUACACUUUAAAAUUGAAAAUGAAGGUUUCCUCCGUAUCGAUCAUAUUGGUCUAUUUAUGAACCUAUGUAAAGAAUCAAAGGAUCUUGGUUAUGAAACUCUAUCUAGACAGGCACUUGCCAUCUCUCGUCAUGCUGCCUUUAUUCACAUGGGUCUAUCACUUCAAGAACAUGCUGCUUAUUUUAAAACAAUGGGUUAUCCAAAUCAAUAUUUAACUUUUCGUGAUACUGUAGAUGCAGUAGAGAGUAGAGUAGAGUUCCAUCCAGUCGUCUAUAACUUUCAUUUAUUCAAAUAA